UGGGUUAUGGGAGGAUUGGUGACACCAAGAGGAUAUCCAAAGGGUUACAUCGGGUAUAGGGAUAAAUGGAUUUACGUGAAGGAGAAUAAACUGGUAGAAGGAAAAGACAUCAAGAUUACGACACAUUACAUUUUGGUGCAUUCGUAUUGUCAUCGUAGUAAGCUGGAACAAGCUGAAGUGGGAGUUACGGAACCAGUGUUACUCGCUACAGUUGAGACCACACCACCAGCACCAUUGAUUGAUGAGAUGCAGCAUCAAAAUGAAACCACACCACCAAUAUUGUCAUCUGCAGAGGGUUCGAUGCCACACGAGAUGGUUACAUCAGCUGAUGUGAAUACUGUUACAACACCCACCAUCACACCACGUCAGCCAGUUGCUGGCAAAGAUCUAGCAAAGCUUGCAGACAGCGGAGCUGGUAUUCUCAGUGACGUUAGCGAAUCGUAGUUUAGUUUCAGCGACGGAGAGAAUGCCAAAAAAAUUAUUUGCAUUAGUAAAAUGGACAG